AUGGCAGGUUCAGCCUCAGCCUUAGCCUCAGCUACAGACACAAACGCAGACACAAACGCAGACGCAGACGAAAUCAUGCGCCUUGCCAUCGCCCGCUUCCGUAGCAGAAUGGUCGCCGCAAACCAAAAGUUCCUCCAGGACCGCGUCAAUGAAAUUGAAACGAAAGGUCUAGCAACUGAAGAGGGGAAGCGCCGCCGGCUCCGCGAGUACCGAUGGAUGAACUAUCUCGAAUGGGACGAUGACGACCCCGAGACGCGCGGGAACCCUGGUGGGAUCCGAAUCCCACAGGAGACAUCAGUCGCUGACCUCGAUAUCCCUACUAUUCUCAACGCCCUGCAAUCCCCUGAACCGGUUGACGGUGUGCUACCGCCCCUACUGCGCACAGAGCAGUGGAGGCAGAUGUACCUUGAUACAGUUCAGCGUGUGUGCCAGGCGCAGGCGGACGCGAUCGUCCCCGAAGACGAGGUGGAGCUUGACGUCGCGUGCAAUUACCACAGAGACCACAGGCCUAUGACUAUCCCGCGGUGUGACGAGCUAGCGCUGUUCCUAAAGUAUGCGCAGGGGGUGGUGGACGUUGACUUCCGGCUCUCAGGCAUUGCGCCGUUCACGCCGGCUUGGUCGACUGGAGUCAAGGACGAGGAACUAGAUGGACUUAACGAGGGACAGAGACGCGACAAGUUGGCGGAUCCGGAGCUACUGAAGCGCGAACAAGAGAACUUGCAGAAAAGGUUGGAAUAUGAAGUGUUCAAUGAGUGUCUGAAGGCGUUUGUCGACGAGGACCUGGAGGUCAGGGCUGGCUUUAUCACCGGUAUUGGAUUUGACCAGCGGUACGCAUGCCCGUCGUGGUAUAGUGCGUAUGCAUACUGCCGGCUGUUGACGGAUGACGACGAGGACGAUGACGUCCAGGAUGCUGCCAACAUCCGGGACUGGGGGUGGCGGGUGGUUGUUUUUCAGGCCGAGGUUGUCAAUCCUAGCGUUCUGUACGACCGGAAGGCGCGCUUUGAUUCUAUUCCAGAAUUCUUGGAUUGGUACGCCAGCUGGCUGGACCAUCUAGAUGCACGGGGGUUGCUUUCUCUUCCUCGCCAUGCUAUAGGCUGUGAGACGGACUGCGAGUCGGACUGUGAGGAUCAUUGA